CAACAAUCACCUCCUUUUCCUGUAUUUCCUGCUAUAAAACAAAUAUUAUGGCGGGUUGGGUCCAACGUCUGCUGAUGGUGAAAGCUGAUUGGCUGCAGCCUCUCUGCUCUGACACGUGAUUUACAGACAAAAGCUCAAACCGGUUUAUGUUUUCAGUAAAUGAAACUAACAUUCACUGUGACUGAGAGCAGAAAUGGAGCAGAAUCAGCUGGACCGAGAAACUUUUUCCUGUUUGAUCUGUCUGGAUCUACUGAAGGAUCCGGUGACUACUGCCUGUGGACACAGCUACUGCAUGAACUGUAUUGAAACCCACUGGGAUGGAGAGAGUUGGAUCCACUGGGAUGGAGUUAAUUUGAUGAGAAUAUACAGCUGCCCUCAGUGCAGGGAGAGGUUCAUACCGAGGCCUGUGCUAAAGAAGAACAUCAUGCUAGCAGCUUUACUGGAGCAGCUGAAGAUGACUUGGCUCCAAGCUGCUCCUGGUGACCACUGCUAUGCUGGACAUAAAGAUGUGGCCUGUGAUGUCUGCACUGGAAGAAAACUGAAAGCCAUCAAGUCCUGUUUAGUCUGUCUGGCCUCUUACUGUGAGAAACACCUUCAGCCUCAUUAUGACGUGGGUCCAUUAAAGAAACACAAGCUGGAGGAGCCGUCCAAGAACCUCCAGGAGAACAUCUGCUCUAAGCAUGAUGAAGUGAUGAUAAUGUUCUGCUUCAAUAAUCGGAAGUAUAUCUGUCUCACCUGUUUCAUGGAUGAACAUAAAGGCCACAUCACAGUCUCAGCUGCAACAGAAGAGACUGAGAGGCAGACAGAGCUGGAGGAGAGACGAGGAAACAUCCAGCAGAGAAUCCAGGACAGAGAGAAAGAUGUGAAGCUGCUUCAACAGGAGGUGGAGGCCAUCAAUGGCUCUGCUGAUAAAGCAGUGGAGGACAGUGAGAAGAUCUUCACUGAGCUGAUCCGUCUCCUCCAGGAAAGAAGCUCUGAGGUGAAGCAGCAGAUCAGAUCCCAGCAGGAAUCUGAAGUGAGCCGAGUCAAAGAUGUUCAGGAGAAGCUGGAGCAGGAGAUCACUGAGCUGAAGAGGAAAGACGCUGAGCUGGAGCAGCUCUCACACACAGAGGAUCACAGCCAGUUUCUCCUCAACUACCCCUCACUGCCAACACUCAGUAAGUCGACACACUCAUCCAGCAUCAUUGGCCGUCCUCUGAGAUACUUUGAGGACGCGAGAGCAGCUGUGUCAGAGCUCACAGAUAAACUACAGGACGUCCUGAAAGACUCAUGGACAAACAUCUUACAUAGACUUAAUGAUGUGGAUGUUUUACUGCCAGGACCAGAACCAAAGAGCAGAGCUGGAUUCUUAAAAUACUCAUGUGAAAUCACUCUGGAUCCAAACACAGCACACACACAGUUGUUGCUAUCAGAGGGUAACAGGAAGGUGACAGGAAUAAAUCUGGAUCAGUCUUAUUCUAGUAACCCAGACAGAUUCACUUAUUGGUGUCAGGUUCUGAGCAGAGAGAGUCUGACUGGACGUUGUUACUGGGAGGUGGAGAGAUGUGGGGCAGUUGAUGUAGCAGUCGCAUACAAGAAUAUCAGCAGAGCAGGAGAUAAGAAUGAAUGUGGAUUUGGAAAUAAUGAAAAGUCUUGGGCUUUAGAGUGUUCCCAAAACAGUUUUCACUUUGGUCACAAGGACAUCUGGACCCCCAUCUCAGCUCCAGUUCCCUCCAGAGUCGGAGUGUACCUGGACCACAGAGCAGGUAUUCUGUCCUUCUACAGCGUCUCUGAAACCAUGACUCUCCUCCACAGAGUCCAGACCAGAUUCACUGAACCGCUACUGGCUGGAGUUUGGGUUGGUAACCCUGGAGACUCUGUGGAGUUCUGUAAACUCAGAUAGAUUUUCACUCUUUUCUCUGAUUGUUGAUCAGGAUUUAUUGUUCAGAUGUCUCUGCUGUUCUGUUCUUUAUUUUUCUGGUUUAAAUGUAGUUCCCUGUGUUCCAGGAAAGAAAAUCACUGCUGAUAUGCUUGGUCAUUCUGAUAUGAUAGAAAUUUUCUACACACAAAAAUCUAAAUUUAUCUGAGUUUAUUAAUAUACACACAGAAAUAUUUAACACUAACUUUUAAGAUUUAUGUA